AUGCGGCGCUUCUACAACAUCAUCCUUCUUAUCACCUUUUACAUCUCAACCACAUCAUGCCUCUGCUACUUCCCCGAUGGCACCCUCGUCGAACGCGACACCCCGUGUUCCACGGCCGCAAACUCCACCUGCUGCGGCCAAGGCUUCGCCUGCCUCUCCAACAACCUCUGCGCCGUAACUUCGCACGUCGACGCCGGACCGGGCCAAUCCACCUAUGUGCGCGGCAGCUGCACCGACAAGACGUGGAACUCGGCCGAGUGUCCGACGUUUUGCCUCAACUGGGACCAUGGCGAUAAUCCGGCUGGUGGGAUGGGUAUAGCAAAGUGUCCGUAUAUUGAAGAGCGGUUUUAUUGCUUGGAUCGGUUUGCGGAAGGGUUUAGUGCGGAGCAGAUGUGCUCGAAUAGUUCGAAUUAUUUUGCGUUUGCUGAUGUGGCGACUACUGCGACGGUUGUGGGUGUUACGAGUUCUUCUUCGGCCAUAACAACUUCUACUAUAACGACGCCUGCCGCACCGCUAUCGUCCUCAUCGUCGUCGUCUUCCAGUAUCGGCGCUUCAGCUACUGCCACAUCAACCUCAUCAUCUCCCCCAUCUCAAGAUAACCAGAAUACCUCUUCUUCCAGCAACAACAACGCCAUCGCCAUCGGCGCUGGUGUCGGGGCUCCCCUUGGCGUGAUCGCGAUUAGUGUGGCAUUGUUCUUGUUCUAUAGACAUCGUCGACAUCAGCGCCUUGGACCGAAAACGGCAAACCAACCAGAUGAGUUUGUUCCCCCUGCUACUACUCACGAUUAUAAACCUAGACCUGGGGAUGUUGUUUAUGAGCGUUGGGAGGCGCCUUCGAGUGGGCCGCAGGAGAUGCCGGCAGAGAAUAUUCCGCAUGAGUUGAGGUGA